AUGAGCUACUACGGCAGCUACUACGGAGGCCUGGGCUACGGCUACGGAGGCUUCGGAGGCCUGGGCUGUGGCUAUGGCUGUGGAUACGGCAGCUUCGGCAGGCUGGGCUGGGGCUCUGGCUACGGAGGCUAUGGCUAUCGGUCUGGAUUUGGGGGCUACGGCUAUGGCUGCUGCCGUCCUUCCUGCUAUGGAGGAUACGGAUUCUCCAGCUUCUACUGA